AUGAACGGUACUGACGACAUCUACGACCUGGUCGGCAUCGGCUUCGGACCGGCCAACCUAUCGCUGGCCAUUGCGCUGCAGGAGUCCAAAGAAAUCUCCGAAAGAGGCUUCAGGUCAACUUUCAUUGAACGACAACCUGGCUUCGCUUGGCAUUCCUCCCUUCUCUUGCCCGGCUCACAGCUGCAAGUCUCGCCGCUAAAGGACCUUGUGACGAUGCGAGACCCAACUUCGUCUUUCAGCUUCACCAACUACCUCCAUUCGAAGAACCGGCUUGCGGCCUACAUCAACAAAGAAGCCAACAUUCCGAGCCGACGCGAAUGGAGCGCUUACCUGGCUUGGGCCGCGGAUCGUAUGAGCCACGCCGUCAGCUACGGUGAGGAAGUCAUCACCGUGGAGCCCGUCACCACCACGGAGCUUGUUACGCUUGCUUCCCAGAGCAAGGACAGCGAAUCGGUGGAAGACGACGAUGAGAGCGUCAGGCUUCUUCGCGUCACGAGCCGCAAAAUCGCGACGGGCGACUUGACGGUGCGUUUGGCGCGCAACAUCACCGUCGCCGUGGGCGGCCUACCAAAGGUUCCGCACCAGCUCGUCGAUAUCUAUCAGCAGUACAACCACCACCUGCUGGCCUCGCAGCAGAGGAUGCAGAGCCGAAUCAUCCACUCGGGCACCUACCUUCCGAGCUUGGCCCAGCUCGAGCCCAAGUUGCGAGAGGCGGAAACUCGCCGCUCGUCUACCCGACCACUGCGCUUUGUCGUUGUGGGUGGCGGUCAGUCGUCGUGCGAGAUGUCGCUGCACCUCCGCAAGACGUUUCCCACUGCCCAUGUCGCCCUCGUCUUCCGUGCCUCUGCCUUGGUGCCGUCGGACGACUCGCCAUUCGUCAAUGCGGUCGCCUUUGAUCCGGAUCGCACCGAUGUCUUCUGGAAACGCAACGAGAGCCAGCGCAUGGCCUGGCUCGCAGAGUACAGGCGCACCAACUAUUCCGUCGUGAGAAGUGAUGUCUUGAACGAGCUCCACACGGCCGUCUAUGAUCAGGACAUUGAUCAUGAGAGGCCAUGGCCCAACGCAGAGGGCCCCCAAACGGGAAGUUUGACGGUGCUUCCCAGCACUCAGAUCGACGAGGCUUCGCUCCUCGAAGAUGAAGAGGAAGAGACCAUUCAGCUUCGCUUCUCUUCGACCAAGGGUCAGAGGGACAACGUGGCAAAGGAGUGGAGGGCGAAGACGCAGAAAGUCGACGCACUGUUCCUGGGCACCGGUUUCGAGCGAAGGCCGAGGGCCAUGAAAUUCCUGGAGGAGCUUCACAGCUACUUUCCCCUCCUCGACGAGGAUGCUUCAGAGAAGAAGCGUGUGCUCGGGUUUGGACAGGAGCGCGAGGGCUCGUUGUGGGCGCGCGUGGACGAAGACGACGAAGAUGAGCAGCAGGAAGGUGACGAGGAUGAGCAGCAGCAGCUGGAGUACCAAAGACACCGGACACGAGGCAUUACGCGCGACUACCGUCUCGUCUCGUACCUCUCCGACGCCUUCAAACAAGCACCGCUCCCCGCCACCCCUACAACCUCUCUGUCUUCGUCGAUUGCAUCGUCGUCUCGCAGAGUCAGCCAGCUGACAUCACUUUCGUCGGCCUCCUCGAGGAACAGCUCGAGGGACAGCAGCAACGUGAGCUCGCCCUCAGUCACGCGAAGGGGAAGCGCUGCCGUUUCCGAGCCUUCGUCUAGCCGAAGCAGUGUGACGCUGCACGACGAUGAUGGUACAGCUUUGAACACGGGCAGGACCUCCUGCGCUGCUGCUGGAGGGAAAAAGGCGGCCUCUUUCGAGGCCAACAUGUACUUUUUGGGAGGAAAUGAAGCCACCCACGGCCUCUCCGACUCGCUCCUCUCCAUCGUCGCGCACCGUGCAGGCGAGCUGACGAGGUCACUCCUUGUGCAACAGCAGCUGCAGACCCGAAAUGCCAGCAGUGGCAUCAGCAGCAGCGCUAAGGACCCGAACGCGGCCAAGAUCAAGAUACAGCACGAAGACGGAAGCAUUGAAGAGGCGAAGCUUCUCGCUAAAAAUCUUGCAAGGAAGCUCUCCGUCGAGCCGAGUUUCGCUCUUGAAGCUCAGCCCCAGCAGCUUGUCUGA